AAAGCUGCGAAAAAUAAAAGGGAAAAUAAAAUUAAGAGCAAGAAGUUUCACAGAAUACAAAGAAAGGAACGUCUAAAAAAGGAGUUUAAGGAAUUUGAAGAACUACAAAAGACAAAUCCAGAAGAAGCCCUAAAAAAAUUAAAAGAAAUUGAGAAAGCAAGGGCUGAAGAACGCGUAACGUUGCGUCAUAAAAGUACUGGAAAGUGGGCGCGAAACAAACAAAUUAGAGCAAAAUAUGACAAAGAAAGUAGGCAGGCAUUGGCGCAACAACUUCAAUUAAGUCGCGAGUUGACUCAGAAAGUGAAGUCAGCAGCUGACACUGAUUCUGAUGAAGAACAGGAAACAGUGGAGCACGAUAUUCAAAUUAAUUCGGAAACAAAUGAAAAUAAUCCAUGGACAAACGGAAAAAUUACAGUGUCUCAGGAAGUAGGAGAUUUUAUUAGUGGAUAUCGAAAAUUUUGGAAUGAACAGAAUAAACACGAGAAUGAGUCUAGAGAUAAUAAAGAGGAAAAUAGAGAAUUAAAAGGCAUGAUAAAAGGAAAUGCAAAUAAAAUUGAUCCCAUAGAUAGUAAAAACACAAAUGAAAACGGUAAAAAGUUAGAUACAAAAGUAAAAAAAUGUUUUAAUGAAAAUAAUGUUAACAAUUACAAGGAAACUGAAACUGAAAAUAAUGAUAAUGAAGCAAAUAAUUGUGUUGUUAAACAGGUGGCUAAGAAAAGUAAUAAUAAACUAAUAAAGGAUUCUGAAAAAGUAGUAAAUAAAAAAGAAAACAAGAAAACAAAAGAUGGUAAAUUAAAUUUUGCAUUAAAAAAACUUAACAAUAGAAAAAUAAGUCGUGGUAGUUGCAAGAAAUUAGAAAAAUCUUUAAGUACUUCAGAUUGGGAAGUAAGUGCCAUGGAUACAGACACUCUUAUUAAUAACUUGCCUUAUAUAAUUCAAGCUAAACUUGAAAAAAGCCUCGAACAGAAAGCAAAAAAGCUAAAAAGGCAACUGGGUUUAGUUGACAAAAAGAAUACAAAAAAUAUUAAAAAGAAAAGCAAUACAAAAGUGAAGAAUCCAAAAGCUACAAAAGAUUUAUUAGCACUUCCAAUGAAACUUAAAUAUCCCAAAUUAAAUGAAAAAAUGAUUGAGGAUACUUCCAGGAAGUCUAAUCAGGAUAUACUCCAGGGUAUAGAUAACAUACCAGAAAAUUCUAUAGAUGCUAUUUUAAGCCUAGAUACUAAAAAAAGUUCAGAACUCCCCAAAAAUAAUUUGAAUCAAAAAGACAUCGAUCCAAAUAAAUUUAUGAAUGCAAAACCUUCCAUUUUGAAUACUGGAAUCCCCGAUCUUCUUGGAUAUGACGAUAAUGUCGAAAAAGAAAACCAAGAAAGUGCAAUAGCAGAGGCAUUCCAAGAUGACAAAAUUAUCGACGAUUUUGCAGAAGAAAAGAAAGCGGAAACAGAAAAAGAAAAACCGAAAGAUAUAAAUUUAACUCUACCUGGUUGGGGUUCGUGGGGUGGGGUAGGAAUUAAAGUUUCUACACGAAAAAGAAAACGUUUCAUUUCAAAAUUCCCUAAAAAUAUACCACGAAAAGAUCAUAAAAAAGGAAAUCUAAUUAUAAAGGACAACAAAAAAUCUAUUAAGCCCCAUUUAGUGUCUGAACUUCCGUUUCCUUUUAAAAGUGUAAAAGAUUUCGAAGCCUCCAUUAGAGCUCCUGUAGGAAAUACAUUCAUUCCGGAGACUGCAUUUAGGAAAAACAUCUUACCAGCAGUAAUGACUAAAAUGGGAACUAUUAUUGAACCUAUAGAUAAUGAGAUAUUGCUUAAGAAAAAGAAAAAAUAAUUACGUGUGUAAAUACUCUAUGUAUAAUAAAAACAAAAUAACUUUA